AUGUACAGUGUUGAAGAAUAUAAGGCAUUGAAAACUCGCAACCGCUAUAGAUUAAGAGAGUUAAUAAGGACUUCAUAUGUAAUAGGCAUAAAUCUACACGAGCAAACAACCCUAAGAGGGCUGAGAAUCAUUACUGUUUUACUCCUAACUUUAUGUUGCAUUGGCUUAUAUCCUCGCUUUUUGAUGUUACAACAUGCCGAUGGUGAUGUACCGCUCAUGGCCGAGGCAGUUACAACCGCACUACAAACAACAACAACUAUGGUAAAAAUGACAUACUAUUUUUUUAUGCAGCAUAAAUUUCACGCUUUGAUUGACAAAGUUGAAACUCAUGAACUUCUACAACGCAUCGAAAUAUUUAUGACAGAUAUGCCCAUUAAAAUGCAGUUGAAACAAGAAAUCGAUACAAUUAUGGAUACUAUAUGGAUGGAAUCGAGGCGACAACUUUUGAGCUGUCUCAUAACCUGUUCAUGCAUACUUAGCAACUACUUUUUCUAUGCGGUCUUCACAAAUUUAUACCAUCAAAUAAAGGCCACGCCGGACUACGUUUAUAUUUUGCCAUUCACUGGUUAUCCUAUGUUUCUCGACAAAGGUAUGCCAUCCUUUUAUUAUGCCUUUGAAAUGCUCGCCGGCGGCAGUUCACUUUUAUCAUCAGGCAUGUGUUCUGUUAGUUUCCACUGCAUUUUUAUGAUAUUUUGCAAGCAUGCCUGUGGACUUGUGCAGGUGUUAAAAAUGCUACUACUCAGAUCAAACUCACCGUUGGUGCCGAAACAUCGACGCGAUGAAUAUUUGCGUUAUUGUGUAAUUCAACAUCAACGGAUACUUGAGUACAUUGACGAAAUCAACGAGCUUUUCAAACACAUCUCUCUUUCCCAUUUUCUUCAUACUUUGGCGAUUUAUGGUUUUGUACUCUUCGAAAUGAAUUUUGGUUUGGAAACAAAUAAGGUUAUACUUAUCCGCAUGAUUAUGUAUAUUGGCGCUGCUCUUACCGUAGAUUCUAUGUAUUAUGUCAAUGGUCAAUUCUUAGCCACAGAGCUCGAAAGCAUACCCUCAGCUUGCUACGACUGUGAGUGGUACAACGAGUCGAAGGACUUCAAGAAGACUGUGCAAAUGAUAAUAAUGCGUUCCAAUAAGGAGUUUUGUUUCCAGAUAUCUUGGUUCGGAGUUAUGUCUUUAACCACACUAUUGGGUAUUUUAAAAGCUAGUUUCUCAUAUUUCUUAAUACUUCGAGAUCUGACAACAGAAGAAGAUUAAGCGAUGGAGUUGUAGAACGAAGAACGUGGAGUGUAGUGAUUGCAACAACAACAAGCUUUAGAAGUUACGCAAACGAUUAUUUAUCUACAUACAUAGCUGCCUAUCUUCAGAUGUAAA